AAAAAUUCUACUACUGGCUUGUCAAAGUUAUGCAUUCUCCCAGAAGACGAGGAAGCCGUUUUAAUUCUGUUUCUCCAAGAAGGAGAAGUCAGAGCAAAAGAUUCACCUCACAUACCUCCACCCGUGAGGAGCGAAGAGGCCGGCCGCGUUCGAGAACUCGCUCACCUUACAAGAGACGUUCAAAAUCUCCACGUAGAUCUCAGGCACAUUUACCUAUACAUUCUUCCAGAGGACGUUCGUGGUCUCCAAGAGGCGUUCGACCUCACUCACCGCCGAGACGACGCUCAAGAUCUCCACGAGGUAUUAUUGCACAUUCACCUAGAAGGCGUUCAAGAUCUCCACGAGUCACGUUCAUCGUCGGUACACGGCCGUGAGGAAAAAGAACGCGAUCUUGAGGAAUCAGCUCGUCGAUUUACCUCUCAGGAUUCUUCUCCUUCAAAAGCUAAGGAGGAGAAAGCUCAGGAUAUUGUGAAACCGAAUUUUGGGUUAUCUGGCAAGCUCGCUUCUGAAUCAAAUAAAUUCAACGGCGUAGCAUUAAAAUACCAAGAACCGCCUGAAGCAAGAAAACCUACAAAAAGGUGGAGACUGUAUGUAUUUAAAAAUGAAGAGCAAUUGGGUAUGACCGGAUUUACUUCACAUUUUUCCAACCUUGAAAUUGUCUUCAUAUUCACCGACAAAGUUGCAGACAUACCAAUCGAUCAUCCUUCAUGUUCAAGUCAGCACGCCGUCCUACAAUUUCGACAAGUGACCUUCACUGAUCCUGAAACUGGCGAACAAAUAACUGAUGUUAAACCUUAUCUGAUUGACCUCGAAUCAACAAACUCAACGUUUGUCAAUAAGAAGGCUAUUCCUACCUCGAGAUAUGUGGAACUACGUGCAUAUGAUGAAAUCAAAUUUGGGUUUAGCACACGCGACUAUGUUUUGCUUCAUGAAGAGUUGGCUGACUGA